AUGGCGCCUUUCAACCCGACCCUCAAAACUGCCUACUGGUCCCUCGUGGGUUUCGGCGGUAUUUACGUGUCGUUUUUACUCCUCCUUUUAGUUCCAGUUGUUCAAAAAAACUUCGUCUACCUCCACCAUGUCAAAUUUCCCAUAUGGCCGGAUAUAUCCCGUCCGGAACAACUGGGAUUCGCAUCAAAUGAGGUUACACCUUUCUAUUUGAAUACACCGGACGGAGAAAGAUUGUUUGCGUGGCAUAUACUACCACACGAGGCAUAUGCCAAAAAUCGGGAUGAGCUGUUGAGGAGGGAUGUAGGACUUGUGGAGGAUAUUACGCAAACCUUGGGGUUUAAACUUUUGAAGGAGGAUGAGGAAGCUAGGUUGAUUGUUUUUUUUCAUGGGAACGCCGGAAACGUCGCCCAAGGAUAUCGCCCAGACGGUUACCGCACUUGGUCCGGCGUCGACCCCUCCAAAAUCCACAUCCUCACUUUCGACUAUCGCGGCUUCGGUCGUAGCACCGGUACUCCAUCCGAACCCGGGUUGAUCACAGACGCAAUCACCGCCCUCAAAUUCGCGAUGGACACGGCUGGCAUCCCACCAUCUCGAAUCCUCAUCAUCGGUCAUUCCCUCGGUACAGCCGUAACUCUCGGUGCCACCGAAAAAAUCGCCAGAGAAGAAGGAGUUGAAUUCGCAGGAAUAAUCCUCUGCUCUGGAUUUUCAAAGUUAAAGACGUUGAUAUUAACGUAUUCAGCUGGCGGGGUUAUUCCCAUCUUGUCGCCGUUGAGACCGUACCCGAUUGUUCAGAAAUGGUUGACAAAGUAUGUUCGAGAACCAUGGGAUGGUGAAGAGCGGCUGAAGAGUUUGAUACAGCAUUCGCCAAAGUUGAAGUUGACGAUGGUACAUGCGCAUAAUGAUUAUAGUAUCACGUGGACGCAUUCGCAGGUAUUGUUUCAUACAGCAGCGAAUGCGAUUAUGGCGUUAGCGAAGGGUGAGGGGCAAGGGGAGAUUGAUAAACCAUUGGAGUUCGAGGAUAUUGAGAAGAGAAAGCAGAGAGUAGAGCUUGGUGACGAAGGGUAUGUUGAUACAUGGGUUGAAGGGGUACCAGCUGGUGGGUGGAAGAUUGAGAAUAGACUGGUGAAGUGGGGUGGACAUGACCAAGUUUUGGUGGCUUCGGCAACAAGAUUGGUGAUCCGGGAGAUGCUUGGAUUGUAG